AUGACUUUUGAAUCGUAUUAUAGGUCUCUUAAAAUUCCUGCACUUAAGGAGCUUUUACAGAAAAGAUCUUUAGUAGUAUCUGGCAAAAAGGAAGAUAUGAUUAUGCGUCUACUAGAAGCUGACAAAGUCGAUAAUAUUAAGUUUAGUACCAUUCAAUUACCUAGAGCUUCUAAAGAUGAUCUUGGUGACCUUGCUCCUCCAGAAGAUGAAAUUGAUUGGGGUGAUGAUACUACUGAUACAGCAAUAAAAACUACUUUGUUUGAAAAAGUAGUGACUACAUCUAUUUCUGAUAAGCUUGCUAAUUCAAAAAAGAAUUUUGACCAAAAUAAUUUUCAAAAAAUACAAAAAGGAGACUCUAGUUUUAAAUUUUCUUCUGUUGCAUCUGCGUUUUCUAUAUCAUUUGAUUCUAUAAAUAAAGUUUCUACUGAAAAAAAAAUAACGUUGAAAAAUAUUUCUUCUAGUAAAAAAAGAAACAAUGAUUCAAUUUUUGAAGACAAUAAUAUACUAAUUAAAAAUGAAAUUAUUAAACGUAAAGCUAGAGCAUUACGGUUUGGGAUUCCUGAAAAUGAAAAUAAUAAAAAGCUUGAGAGAUGCGCUCGUUUUGGAAUAAUAAAUAGUAUAGGGUUUAGUAAUUAUAAACAUUUAUCUUUGAAUCGAUUUCCAGAAAAGGGCUCAAAAACUGUAAAAUUAAGGAUUUUGGAUGAUCCAAUAGAAAAUGAAAAGAUAAAAAAAAGAAUAGAAAGGUUUGGUGAAAUUUGA